AUGAGUUCUUCGCACGCCCCGACUAGCCCACCUACCGAGGAGGACACCGCAAGAACCAUUGUUUACGAUCCAAACGACCCGUUCUGGCGCGAUACUGAAGAUGAUGAUGACGACAUGGACUUUGUGCCCGCAGAAGAGGGGACCGACGACAAUGAGGACGGUGAAGGCGAUUUGAGCUUUCAUGAUGCUGCCGAACGAUUGAGUAACCUCAGCGGAGUGGAGAUCGCAUUCGAAUAUACCGACGAUAACGACGAAGAUGACGACGAAGAAGAGGAUGAGGACGAGGAUGAUGAUGACGAGGACGAAGAAGAAGACGAGGACGGGGAUGACGAAGAUCCAGACGACCCUCGGCAGCCAGUCAUGAUUACACGUGAGCAGAUAAUGCAGUUACUUGGGCAUGCCGGAUUAGGGCGGAUAUUCGCCACCGAUUUAAUUCCUCGAUCCGGGCUUCGGCGACACAGGUUUGACGAUGAUGAGCAGGAAGAUGAAGAGGACAGCAAUGCAGGCACCGGCUAUGAUCCUAUCGGCACACGGUCUUCUGGCAGAAGGCGAGGGCCACGAGGCAGAGACCUAUUCGAAAAGGUUCCUAGCGAGCAGGGCCAGGAGUUGAUGCAAGGAGGUAAUUUCGGAACGAACCCACGACCAGAGGAUACGCUCCAGAGGAAAAAGAGGCUAGCGUACAACAUCAUGCGACGAGAGCUAGGCAUCGGUGGUGAUGGUCGCCAAAAGAAUUCCACGAAGCUGUUGAGGCAAGACAUGAUACCCGAGUCUGUGGCCGACACAAUCAUACACUACAAUGCGCGAUGUUAUUCGGGACAAUUUUCUGACGAUGGUAAUUUCUUCUUCUCAUGCGCUCAGGACUUCAAAGUGCGCAUGUACGACACGUCAAAUCCAUAUGACUGGAAGUAUUACAAGACAGUGAGAUAUGAUGGCGGCCAAUGGACUAUCACAGAUGCUUCAUUAAGUCCAGACAACCGUUUCCUGGCAUACAGCUCAAUUCGAAGCAUCGUCGCGCUAGCACACACGGACCCCAGUGACGAUUCUGAGCCCCAUUACCUCGAUUUUUCAGACCUGGGUCGACCGGCCCCGCGUGGAUUCCGCGGAUACUUUGGUAUUUGGUCGAUAAGGUUUUCUGGCGAUGGACGUGAGAUUGUAGCAGGAACAGGAGACAGCUCUGUCUAUGUGUAUGACAUAGAGCGUCGUCAGUCUGUACUGCGCAUCCCGGGUCAUCAGGACGACGUGAAUGCGGUCUGCUUCGGUGACACUAAUUCGCCUCAUAUUCUCUACUCUGGUUCAGACGAUACUACACUCAAGGUCUGGGACCGAAGAAGCAUGGGCGAUGGCCGAGAAGCUGGUGUUUUCCUCGGCCACACCGAGGGACUGACGUAUGUCGACAGCAAGGGUGAUGGGCGAUAUGUACUUAGCAACGGCAAGGACCAAACCGCUAAGCUUUGGGAUCUGAGGAAAAUGAUGUCGAAAGAGAAGGCUGAUCGCAUUGAUCCCAACGCAUACACCAACCGAUUUGAGUACCGAUCCAACGCGUACGACUUCGAUGACUACCGCCCACAUCCACACGACUGCUCGCUUGUCACCUUCCGAGGGCACAAGGUCUUGAAGACGCUUAUCCGAUGCCACUUCUCACCACCCGGAAGCACAGACUCGCGAUAUGUCUACUCCGGCAGCUACGAUGGAUCGGUCUACAUCUGGAACCUGGAUGCGACACUUGCUGGCAAAGUCGAUGUUCUCAAAGCGACCAGAAACUCAAGGCCACGUGAAACAGAUCUUCUCUCUGGCAUGUACGAUCACUGGGGUAGGAAUGAAGGCAGAUGGCAGACCUGUGUUCGAGAUGCAAGCUGGCAUCCCAAUGCGCCCAUGAUUGCUGCGACUUCAUGGAAUGGCUGGGGAACCUCACAGGGAACUUGCACAGUCCACACAUGGAAUGACGGCCUAGAAGAAGAUGAGGCGGAGCCGAAGAUUGGAAGGCGGGUCAAUCACAUGUUACAUCAUGAUGAGCGGCUCUACAAUACCGAGGGCAGGACGAGAAGGCAUCCUAUGUGGUACGAAGACAUGAUGAAUGAGGAGUGA